CCGGGACAUUUAAAAGGGGACGGAGGGAGUACUCCUUAUUAAAUUUCAGAUUCGUUAAAAAAAAGGUAUUCUUAUCGCACAUUUUGUGAUCGCAUCAAUAUACCAUCGUGAGGGGAGAUAGACAGUGAAAGAAAAGAGAGGAUGAACGGGGCAGUAAAGAAGAUUGCUGACGUCACAUUCAAGGCCGGCCGGACGAUCGACUGGGAAGGAAUGGCGAGGCUUCUGGUGUCCGAUGAGGCUCGUAAGGAGUUCGCUACCCUUCGGCGCUCAUUUGACGAGGUUAACUCUCAGCUUCAAACCAAGUUCAGCCAGGAACCCGAACCCAUAGACUGGGAGUAUUACAGGAAAGGGUUAGGUUCUCGCUUGGUGGAUAUGUACAAGGAAGCAUAUGAGAGCAUUGAAAUUCCCAAAUAUGUAGACACAGUGACCCCCCAAUAUAAGCCCAAGUUUGAUGCCUUGUUGGUAGAGCUUAAAGAAGCUGAGAAGCAAUCAUUGAAGGAGUCUGAAAGAUUGGAAAAAGAAAUAGGAGAUGUGCAAGAGCUCAAGAAAAAACUCAGCACUAUGACUGCAGAUGAAUACUUUGCAAAGCAUCCCGAACUCAAGAAGAAGUUUGAUGAUGAAAUCCGAAACGAUUACUGGGGUUACUAGUCUGUCUUCAUCCAUCUUUUCUGCUUCACCAAGUAUUGCUAUACUUUCUUGGUAAACGCCAAUUUCAGUUCAUCAUUUUGUUUGGUUUAGAAUAAGAAGUGGAGUCCCUUUAACUUACUAACGGAGUAUUUACGAUGUAAAUUUUAAUGCAUCUGCAGUUCAGUUAUGCUAAUAAACAAAACCUUGUACCACAUAAUAAUAUAUUCUGCAAUAUAGUCUGCUAUACGGAUCAAAUCCCAUUUCCAUCCUA